AUGCCGUCAAAGAGACCUUUGACUUCCCAUGGCACUUGUGGAAUCGUGAACAGACCAUCUAAUCACAAUAGUGUGCUGUCCAAAGGCUGCCAGUGUAUCUAUGUGUCUCAGAGCAUAUUGGCAGGAUUUGGAGUAAAGGUUAAGCUCAUCGACUCGGAAUUUCCUUUGUUUAAAGAUUUCGUGGCGACGAUGACCUCAGUCAGGAACCACGGGAUCUCGCCACCGCUGGAAGAAAUCGUGGUCUACGCUCAAGGAUGCUCCACCUAUGAUUUGCCUCUGGCAGUUGCGAAGGAAAUUGGAGCUGUGUCGCAUCCACAAGAUCUCGCGCACCAUAUGGGAUUGUAUCUCACUGCCGCACGCGGGGCGAAGAUCGUCGACAGCGUCCAGUUCGCAGCAGAGAUCCAUCCAAAUGGCGUCAAGAAGGUGUAAAGCCGCUUUUUUUUCCCGCUGUUCCAACCCUCCUAGUCUUAGACUGUAUUCACUGUUGCUAUCAAAGGAAGUUCUUGCAUUAAAUGGAUAUUGAAAAGCA